AUGAGUAGAGAGAACUCUGGGGAGCUGGAACAGUUGGUGAGUUACCUGAAUAUCACAGCACACAAUGUUUCCCUCCUCUUUGCUUGAAAUAUUCUAGGUAGGAAAAUAAGAAAGAAACAGUACAACAUGAAAGGGAUGUGCUUCGGUCUGCCAUGUUUACUCAGACAAGCAUCCCUCUGCCCCCCCCCUUGCCCUGGAGGCAGAGGUUGCCUCCAGGCUAUCACUAUUUUGUGGUAGGGAUUCAGUCACAUGCCAGAAAUACAGGUUUGCAACAAUCAGAGUGGGUUAAAGGGCUCUGGGGCAAGCAAUCCACUUUUCAUUUUUUAUUUUCAUGGAUUUUUUUAUACUUGGGGAAAAUCUGAAUGUGGUCCAUUUAUUUAAUGCUGACAUAUAAAAUUACUCUAAACCCUGGCCCAUUGUCUCAUUGCUCAUUCACUUCUUAGAAAACCCAGGGUUUGCCAUGGCACAUUUUAUAUUCUUUGAACGUACAUUUGUAAACAAGAACACAUGGAAGCAUUCCUCAAACUCUGAUCCUUUGCUCAUGUUGUUAUAACAUGACAAGCCAGCCACAGUUUUUCUAGAUUUUCAGCAUAAGGGUUUGAUCUGAGGGCAACUUCAUACAUGAGCAAUUUUUUAAAAAAAAUCAGAAGCUGAUUCCAAGCACAAAUAAACUAAUAUGGUAGUGUGGGGGUGAAUGGGAGGGUAUGGAUCUGUAAAUGACAGCUGUUGCUUGUGAGGAAGCUCUGAUUUGUAAAUUGGAGCCAGUAGAAACUGGUCCACUGGGGCUACUGGGUCACAGCCCUCCCAUGAAAAAUGUCAAGCAGUGUUAGUGUUAUUUAGCUCAAUCCCUGAUCUGGACCUUGUGGAGCAACAAACGAGCCUUCCAGCACAAAAUGAGUUUCUUUUUUUCUUUUUUCUUUUUUAAUUUUAUUUCAAAACCAAAAAGAAACAAAAUACACACAUCAAAUUCAAAAUCCAUAUUCGUUUCCUAACAUAGAUUACCUAAAUUAAAAUAUACAUGAUUACUCUAGGCUUCCCUUUGCUGUAUGUAAAUACAUCGCAGUUACGAAAUUUAUAUUAUAAAUAAUAUGAUAGAUUCCCACAUACCCCCACUCCCCUUCACCCAUGUGUGAUCUCAAUAUUUUAUUUAUUCCAUCUUAUUGUGUUGUUAUAAUUUAAUAAUUAUUCAAUUGUUUCUAUUGUUAUUUUCUUGCUUACCCCUGCACGUUUUACGCAUUAUCUACUAAUUUUUCAAUUCCGGAACAAUAUUUUUUCAUGUAUUCCUUCACUCCAUCCCACUCACAAGAUGAGUUUCAAAGCUUUACUUCAGAACAGUCCUAAAUGCUAGUUACAAAAGAGAAAUGUUUCAAGGAAAAAAUACAAAGUAACACAUUGCACUGAAGUAGCAGGCAACGUGGUUCAGCCCUUUGCCCUUUAUGAAGUUCAGUAAACUUUCCUCUCUCUGCUCCCAGAGAGAGUUCCUAAGCUUGUUCAAUAUUGUGGAGCUUAGCAUCAUCUGCCACUUCCUACUGCUAGCCAUCCCUGACUUCUCAAAUUUCCUCUCCUACUGUAAGAGAUCUGCAGCUUCUCUUUCCGGCUAUGGCUCAUUGGAUAGCCAACGGAAAAGAACCAGCCUCUGAAUCAUGGGACUCCUACCUCGCUCGGUUCGACUGCUACCUCCAAGCCAACGAGCUGACAGAAGUAUCAAAGGAGCGGAAGCGGGGCCUAUUCCUCAGCCUCUGUGGGCCUGAGGUGUUUGAGAUGGCCCGAGCAUUGGUUGCGCCUGAAGCAAUCCAGGCAACACCAUGGGACACGAUCCAAGAGAAGAUCUGCAACCACUACGCGCCAAAGCCGUCGAAGAUUGCUGCCCACCAUGCAUUUUACCACCGGAACCAGGCAGAGGGGGAGUCAAUCAACAACUACACCACCGCCCUGCGACAGGCUGCAAGGCACUGCAAAUUCCGAGACUUAGACGGUGCCCUGAUGGAUCAAAUCGUCUGCGGGGUCCGGGACAUCCAUCUGCAAUGGCGUCUCCUCGCCAAGCCAGACCUCACACUGCAGAAAGCCAUUGAGGAGGCUGUGGCCUCAGAAGCUGCUGAACGCUCCGCCCAGGAGAUCUGCAAGGCCAGCAGCCCGCGUCUUGCUAGGGAGCCAGUUCCAGUGCAUCACGAAGAGGCCAGCAGUAAUGAGGCAUCCUCCAGUGAAGAUGAUGAUGUGCACCAGACAAAGCGGGAGCACAGGAAGUUCCAACAGAAGUCCAAGGGCCAACAGGAAUGCGCCGGCUGUGGAGGCAACCAUUCCCAUGCCAAGUGUUGA